AAAGCACCGAUGUCCAAGCAGACAUUUUAUUUUUUUUUUCCUUAUUUUUCCUCUCUGUCUCUCCUCUUGAAAAAUCCGUUCUUCCUGCUGUAGGUUUGCUGUGCUGGUUUGUCACGAUGCGCUUCUCUGUUCUUGCUGCCGGUGCCUCUGCCGUGGCAGCCUUCCCGUUUCCCUCGCUCUUCCGUCGUGCGGUCGAGGAACGGCAGUCCUCGGAUGCGCCGUGCACCGAUGUUCACAUCUUCCUGUCCAAAGGUUGGAAUGAGACGUAUCCUGGACGACUGGGCAAGCUGGCUGGCGCCAUCUGUUACGGAAUCGAUUCGUGCGACUACGAGGACAUCUUGUUCUACAACACGCCCGGCAACAGCUACUGCGAGUCCGUGUCGGAAGGCAGCGCCAAUGGCGUAGCUCAGAUGACAGCGUAUGCUGCUCGGUGCCCGAAUUCAAAGCUUGUCUUGAGCGGCUACUCGCAGGGUGCUCACGUCGCUGGGAAUGUUCUUGGUGGCGGCGGCGGCUAUUUCAGCGGCGAUUGCACAGUCGCCACAAAUGCUGGCAUUGAUCCAUCAACCAGUCCUGGCAAUCAGCUGAAGGCUGCGCUGCUCUUCGGCGACGUUGAGCAUGUCGCUGACCAACCAUAUAACGUCCUAUCGGGUGCCCCGUACAACUCGAACGAUCCUCGAAGCGGCGAUCAACUCGCCAACUUGAACAAAUUCAGCAGCAUUCUACGAAGUUACUGUGACGUUGCGGAUCCCGUGUGUGCAGCUCAAGGUCCGGGGCCUUUUGAUGUCAACAAGCAUCUCGACUACUUUGACAUAUAUUCUGACGAUGCUGCUGGAUGGGUAAAGUAUAUUCUAGGGUAUUAGUACGCAGUUUGUAUCUGCGUGCAGAUUACUGACGAGCCAUGAUAAUGUUUCAUCUCUAUUCAAUACAAUGUUAUAACGAGUCACUCCUUGUACAUAGACCAUUAGAGGCGAGAUACUUAAUCCCAAGACUCAAAAAUUUGACACCUCGGACGCCAUGGUAAGUAAAUGCCAGUCCUCUCCAAGAUUUUCAAUUGAGCAGCGUGGUGUUUUCCCGCAUUGGGACUUUGGC